AUGGAAACGAUAACGAUUUCACAUUUGUCAGGAGGAGAGAGCUGCUCUUUGGCGUUUAAUGUUAUUGAUGCUUCUUCGUCAUCUUCUGAUGAAAGUUCAGGCAAAGUUCCGGCUCGAAAGCCGGUUUCUCGGACUAAGGUUCCGUUUGAGAAAGGUUAUAGCCAAGUUGAUUGGCUUAGGCUUACUCAAACUCAUCCUGAUCUUGCUGGAUUGAAGGGGCAGUCAAACAAGAGGCUUAUCACUAUGGAUGAAGUGAAACAAAAUCAAAGAGAAGGUUCCAUGUGGACUGUCUUAAAAGGUCGCGUUUAUAAUUUAUCUCCAUACAUGAAGUUUCACCCUGGAGGUGUUGAUAAGCUGAUGAAGGCUGUGGGUAAGGACAGUACAUCUUUAUUCAAUAAAUACCAUGCUUGGGUAAAUGAUGAGUUCUUAUUGGCGAAGUGCUUGGUGGGUACAUUGGAGAAAGUGGGUGAAGGCCAUGAUUCUUCAAAAAUUUAGAAGUUGCUCCCUUCCAUCACAUCAUUCAUACUGGCCUCAACCAUUCCUUUUUUCAUGUUGUAUUAUUUAAAGAUGUAUACUAUUUUACCCCAUUUUUAGCCAGUGGGGGAACGAUUUCUUUACACCUUUUGGGUGUUUGAUUCAUACAAAGAUCAACAUUUGCAAUAAAAAUGUACAUUUGUAGA